AUGACGAUCGGGCUGGAUCUUUCUACUUCGAGCAACCCAGGCGCUCCUGGUAGCGCGUUCGGGACUGAGAUCGACUCCUCGGAAGCGUCAUGGACGUCACAUUUCGACGACCCUGAAUCAGCGGCAACCAUGGCGGCCACAACAGGAACGGGCUCUGACCCGGUUUCUGCCCCUCCUGCACCGACCGACAACAUCUCCGCCGGGCAGCGGAUGAUAUCUGCGACAGCGGGAAACAUUUUGACGGGACUGCUAGUCACACCGUUGGAUGUUGUUCGUGUUCGUCUGCAAUCGCAAUCCCAAGUCACCAACCUCUCGCCGUAUACCUCCCACACCACUCAAACUCUGAAGAACCUUCCUCCGAACAUUGGGAUUACAGCUUGCUGUCGUGAAGUAUUUUGGGUCGGAGACAGUGCGCAGAUGUGCAUGUUGGGCCCCAAUGCCACUGCGAUCGGAUCACAGGCACACGCAGGAAUCGACUGCGCCGUUGAAGAAUCACAGCGACGGACAUUCACAUCGACUUUCGACGGAUUAAGGAAGAUCGCGAGAAAUGAAGGAAUCACGACGCUAUGGCGUGGUCUGAGCCCAACUCUCAUGAUGGGGAUUCCAGCCAAUAUUAUUUACUUCGCUGGCUACGAUUGGUUGCGCACAGAUGACCGAAGCCCGAUUAAACAGGCUGUAUCGGAUGUUUGGGCGCCGUUUGUGGCGGGCGCCAUAGCACGGACGGCUGCCGCAUCGGCGACCAGUCCGGUCGAGAUGUUCAGAACGCGUCUCCAGGCAACACCUGGGACAGGUGCCGGUCAUUUCAAGGCGACCUUGGAGGGACUGUACCAAAUGACCCAGGCGAGAGGGUAUGUCUCGCUUUGGCGAGGAUUGUCGCUCACUAUGUGGCGUGACGUACCCUUUUCGGGCCUUUACUGGUGGGGAUAUGAGGAGGUGAAGAAGGGCCUUGAGUCGGCACGAAAGAAUGCACCGCAUCUUCAUGGCUCUGACCCGGAGACUCCAUCGACCGCCACGGCAUUCCUUGAUAGCUUCAUUUCCGGCGCGAGUUCGGGAGCGGUCGCCGCAUUAGUGACAACACCGUUCGACGUGGGCAAAACCCGACAGCAAGUAUUCCGGCACAUGGACGACCAAGUCUCAACUGCGUCACAGCGUGCCCCGGUAUCUCCAAAAGCUGUCGUCCCUGAGCAGUUUCCUCUCCCUAAAUUCCUUCUUCAUAUCUUCCGCGAAGAAGGUAUGAACGGUCUUUUCCGCGGCUGGGCAGCUCGCUGCCUGAAGGUUGCGCCCGCCUGCGCUAUUAUGAUUUCUACAUAUGAACUCGGGAAGCGUAUGGCGCGGGAGGUGAACGAACGACGACACUUGGAGAAGUCCUAA